AUGCCCUUUGUCAAAAGUUUAUGCGAGGAAACUUUGCCACCGUUUUCUCUGUCAGUGUUCACGGCGUCCAUGUCUGGUCUUCUCUGUCUUAUCACAGUACCUGGUAACGUCUUAGUGUGUGUUGCAAUGCUAAAGGAUCCAUACAAAGAACUAAAAAAUUCAUUCAACUGUUUCGUACUGCAAUUAGCAAUCAGCGAUCUUGUAGUUGGUGCAAUCACAGAGCCCUCCUUCUUCGUUUUCCAUACGAGAGAAGCAAUGGGCUACUCAGUCAUGCAAAAUAUCUGGCUUAUUCACCUGCCGUUUUUUAUCUCUUACACAGCGUCGAUACUGAGCAUCGCAGCUUUAACGCUUGAUAGAUAUCUCACGGUGAUGUCGCACUACAAGAGAGUGUUAUCCACUAGUACAGUGACCUUGAUAUCAGUAUUGAUAUGGGUGGUGUCUGUUUCAUUACCAUGCUUUUACUUCAUGAUUGGCUUUUACAUGUUUGCAUUCUUGUUUAUGAACAUGGCCUUCAUCAUAGUUGUUAGUAUACUAACGUUUUCCUAUGCGCGAAUUCAUCACAGACUCAAGGCACAAAUUUCUCGCUGGGACUCAUUUUACCAGAAGGAGGUCAAAUUAGACGCCAUGUCGAUGGAAAGAAACGUGAAUCGCGCUUUUUACAUCAUUUUAGGAAUAUUCAUGGUUUGUCUUUUCCCCUCUCUGGUUAUGAUAUAUGUCAUCAAUUUCUGCGACAGCUGCAACUGUACUUUAAUUCACUGGUUAAGAGACUUGCAAUUUUUAUUUCCAUUGAUCAACUGCUCCUUAAACCAAUUUUUAUACGCCUGGAAAAGUCGAAACUUUCGACGCGCUAUUUCUGCAUUGUUGUGUAAAACUGUUUCUUACCGAAUCACAGAGCCACCACACAGCCCUGAUGGAAUUACUUCUGCAAGCUUUAAAUCCACGGAUGAAAUGGAAUUACUUCCACUGGAUCCUGUCAAUCUUCUUAUGGCGACCGAGAACGGGUGCGGAGAAAUAAAUCAAAACGUUUUUGACUAAAAUUUCCUGCCUAAACCAGGAGACAUCAUAUCGUGACUGAAAUUAAGAAUAAAGAGGAGAAAUCGUUUCGUCUCUUUGCCAUGGUAGCAAAAUUUUUGCAUCUCAACAAACCGUGGUUUUGCAAAUAUGGCAGAACAAAAAACGAAAAAAUCGUCAUGUAUGACUUUCCUGUGCAUAAUUGCACUUAGCAACAAAAUGGUAGCCCAUGCUUUUUCUUCCAUCUUUGGGACAAUGCAAAUGGCCGUCUCUGUAAAGAAAGAUUAUUGAGAUCCAGAAAUUUUUCUACCAUGGUAACGUGACGUCAGAGUUGUCCUCUCUAUUUCAGGCGGUUUGUCUGGUUUCCAGUCCUUCUACACUGUAUUCCGAACAGGUUGGAUCGGAGUGUGCGAACUGAUUGGAGGCUAAGAUCCUCCACCGUAUUUCACGCCGCCACUUUUUCAGUGGUUUUCAACAGAAGAAAAGACCCCACGAGGCUGUGCGGGGGACAUUGGAUGAAGUGCUUACAAGCGAUUGCUGGAAAAUCUUUAGACUGUUUUUUGGAGGGAUAACAAAAGAUGCAUUAGCGUGUGAUGAGUUGAAUGUGUUGUGUUAAAUGUUUAGUGUACUAAGUUAUGACAGUUUUUAAGAUAAAAUUUUGCUGCUUCCCGUUUGUGCAGCCGUUUUAGAGUUACUAUUAAAUCAAGUUAUCGUUGUAAACUGCGCAUUAGCCAUGAACUCCUCACAGAAAUUUUUUAUCUAGAGUAACUAAACCCAUGAGAAGGAUACUUUAUGCAGGUAGCUAUUAGUUAGCACCAUAGUUAAUUGAGUGGAAUGGUUAUGAAACCCGUCAGACUCAUUUGUUAUAUGUUUUUGUGGACCUGAAAGUGCACAACGUUCAAAAGAAUUCCUAUCAUUUUGAUUGUUUUGACCAAUAAAAACGUUGCAUUAAUUUAUUCCGUAACAAUUUGCCAACAGAAAACAAAGGAUUGUGCACUUUCAGGGUGCUUCCAACAUAAACUGCAGCGCUGUUGUUUUUAUCAUUGAUGUUUGCCGCUUUUCAUAACCAGUCUCCUCUAAUAACUAUGUUAGCACUGAAAAAUCUAACUUUCAGAGAAUGAUUUUACGGGAAUGAAGAUCGUGUUCAUAAGGUUACGUGAAUAUAUUGAAAUCUGCGAUAGAAACCAAAGCAAACACGGAAUUCAAGCUUAAUACGAGUUUAUGUACUUGCACCAUAAUCGGUCGGCAGAGCGACAAAUUAUUCUUUUUUGCGAGGUAAAGCAACGAUUGAUUUUAGUCGAUUAACCAGUAAAUCAAUCUUGCGAGCAAUUUACGUACCCGACCACCACGAAGCGAUAUCAAUCAACUGCUCCCGUGGUCCUGCAGUGAUUUUAAAUUAAAUAGUGUGCUUUUAGUUCACACUCCCGCAGCCCGUUGUCUUGCAGUCAGUCUAUAAUUUAAUGCCUCCGCAGUCUCCCAUUUCUGUAGACGAAUAUUUCAGGAAGUUUAACUUAAUAUAGUCAACUCCCUUAAUAGCGGACACUGUAGGGACCUGGAGUUAGUGUUCCUCUUUAGCGAGAGUCCGUAAUAGUGGGAGUUUAUUUCAGUCAAACGUCUGUAAUUUGCUUUUGGCGGGGAUUUAGCUACUGUCCUUUUUAUCGGGGUGUCCGUUAUAGCGAGGUGUCCACAAGGCGAGAGUUGACUGUAGGCAAAAGCUUUAAGAACGAACAUGGAAUUGUGAAUAAUAACAUUUAAAGGCCUGAAGAACGAAGGGUAUGAUACAAAGCAACCUGUCUUCUAUUUUGCAUUUCCUAUAUGUAUUUUUUGACGACUGCAAGAGUUCGAGAGCACCUCUUGCAGACGCAUUGCAAUCUCGUACCUCGAGAUUAAUAUUUGGCUGCUGGCUUGAAGAACUCACUGGUCAAGGGGAACGAAGACGCUGGAUACAAUGGGGAAAACGGCGUGUGCGUACACGUCACCUGAAAUCCUUACACCAAACAACACGGGCUAACGGAUACCUGCUGUUGCUCAGGGGCAUCCAACGACUGUUUUCUUUAAAAUAUCUUGUUCGGACUGGGAGCAAAUAUUGCCUAGAAUUUUCUAUUACGCGAGGACGGCUAAAUUUUCUACAUGACCGUUGCCUUCAUGUACAUUUUUCGAAGCUUACCUAAUUUCCUACGAUUUUCUGAAGGUUACUUUUUCACAUUUCACUCCUCAGAUUAGGCUAUUUUUCGUGGAAGAAAGAAAACCUAAAAUAUUCGGAUUAAAAAAUAUGAAGAGAGGAAUCAGAAAAAUUCUCAUUUUCGUAAUACGUUAAAUUAAAUACUGAAGCCCUUGUAAUUUCAAAAAGCCCCAAGUUGCCCUAGGAUGACCGAUAUUAUAGCGCCGCCUAGGAUAGCGUAAAAAGUGUUUUCAAUGUAUUUACGAGGAAACCGUCGUUGGGUGCCCCUAAUUGCUAUUGUCUUGUCGUGGUUAUGUUUUGGGUAUGCUAGGUUUUUAAUGAAACUGAGGAAAUUUUGGCUUCCCGAUUGUUUUUGAGGACAAUAUCAAACAUGUAGCUAAAGCGAUGCGUGAUAACUGAAAGCAGCAAUUUUUACCUUCUUUGUCAAGAAUAUCAACCUAAACUUGUGUUACAAGAAUGACAAUAAUUUCACCAUAGUUGGGAAAAGACUGAAAAGGUCUGAUUUGUUCUAAUUGUCGCGUUCAUUUUUUUUUUCUUGCCGUCUUUUUUACCUUAAUUUAAGAUUCGAUAGAUUUAGAUGCUUAAACCCGGCGAACAAUUACCUCAAUUCCAAUUGCAAUUACAAGUACCGGAAGAUGGCACAAAUGCUUUUAACAAUAACAACCCGCAAUUCAUUUGAUUUCAUUUGUAAUUUUUUUUUUUCACUUUUUAAUUUUACGCCAAGUUGACAUAAUUGUGCAUUGAAAUUGUCAAUUGCGAUGUUAUUCUUUAAAGCGAAAUGUAGCGAGGCCUUUUGUAAAAAAUAAUUAGAAGAAUGGAUUUUCUGCUAUUUGGGCUUGCUACAACGCUUCACAUAACUACUUCGAGUUUGAUGAAAUUCGAGUCAUAUGUCUCCAUUUACCAAUAUGUUCGCCAUGCAUAAGGGAUUCUUAUUAUUAAACUGUUUAUUUUACUCCGUUGCUUUUAGAUCUGUCGAGGUAAAUCUUUUUUUUCACAAGCUGACGUAAACUGAGGCGUUGUUUGAAUAUAUUGAUGUAUUUUUAACUCUCAGGAAAUAGAUUAGUUUUCUUCUCGGUAUGGGUCUUGACUCAGAUUCAUAUUACAUAGGAAAUUGUUUACCACAUUUCUAUAUUUAUCAUAAGAAAAUUGUUUUAACGCGAAUUGUCUACAUAGAUAUCAAGCUGUCAAAAAAAGCAUCUGCUUUAAAAUACAUUAUCGGGACAUUUUGUUGAAACAUCGAAAACCUUCAUGCCGAGAAAGAAUGCUGACUAAGAAGCAAGACCUGCCCUGGUACGUGUCUUAUUUUUGCUGUAAAAGGCUUUUAAGAAUGAACAGAGAAUCUAUGUAGAAUUCAUGUUUGUGUUUGAAAGUGCUUCUUUGCCAAAAAAAAAGCAAACAAAUACAGACACGUAUCCGUAGUUUUUAUUUUUCACUCUUGAAUUUUUGUUCAUCCUCUAGCAAUUUUUUGUUAGCUAUAAGCAAGCUUUUUGCUUCAUCUUCUAGGGGGUUUCCACGCACUAGCUGGGACGGUUACACAGAAGUAAAAGAAUUGGUGUAAAAAAAAAAAAUCGCAAUUUACCCGCUUGCGACAGGUGACAGGAACUAGUAGCUGUUCGAGUUGAAUACUAUUUAUUUUCAAGGAAGCGAUGAAGUUCAGCAGCAAUCUCUGCGACGAUGUCUGGGCACCGUACGCUACCUCAGUCACAACAGCAAGCGUUUCGGCCAUUUUGUGCGUAGCAACCGUCCCAGGAAACUUGCUGAUCUGCUGGGCAAUCAUUAAAGACCCGAACAGGGAACUGAAAUCAUCUUUCAACUAUUUGGUUCUGAACCUUGCAAUAGCCGACUCCUUUAUUGGAAUUGUUACUGAACCCGUUUUUGUGUGGUACCACAGCGCUGAAGCGAUGCACCAUCAAGUCUUAGGCUUGCGUUGGGUAGUGUAUAUGUCAUAUUUCAUGUCCUCUACUGCUUCUGUGUUGAGCAUAGCUGCAUUGGCCACAGACCGCUAUAUAACAGUGACUUCUAUAACCACCAGAAAGCUGUCUUCUUCGCAAGUUAUCGCUGCAUCUGUUGCAAUAUGGGUUUUUUCAGGAGGCUUGCCUUUUCUCUACUUCGUGGCUGGAUUUUACACGUUAGCGUUUAUUUUCGCUAACACUACAAUAAUAUUAACGAUGGCGUUAUUAGUUUUUUAUUUCGUUCGCAUUUUUCGGAGACUAAACGCUCAUGCAAGGCAUAUGAGAUCAGUUCUUGGUCACGGAACUACUCGUAAAGGGCUUCACGUAGAAAAAAAGGCCACAAAAUGUUUCUUUCUUAUCUUAGUUUCGUUCUUUUUGUGUAGUUUUCCAUCUUGUGUGAUGAUUUAUGUUAUCAACCUCUGCAGCACAUGUAGCUGUGUGCUAAUACACUGGUUUAGGGAUCUCCAAUACCUACUUGUGCUGGUAAACUCCGCUUUUAACCAGUUUUUAUAUGCGUGGCGGAUGGGUAGUUUUCGCAGGGCGUUUGGUCGGAUCCAUCCGAUCUUCGUGGGAUGGGAAGGAAGAGAAAAACGUUCUACUGUAUCAGUGAGUAAUGAACAAUCAACAGGAGCUGACCUUGACGAUAUGAGGAAAUUCGAAAACUAAAUCAUUCCUAGGAAAAUCAACGUAGUAUACGUUCGAACUUUAUUUUAUUGGCGAUCAUUUCCGUUAUAUUAACCUUAUUUACAGUAGGCGAGGCGAGGAGAUUUCCGCAUAAGAGACCAAAGUUUUUCAAGAAUGUGCUGUUAGGGUUGCUUGAUAACUUUUUUUUUUUUCACAAAGAGCCUUACUUUUGUCCUAUGUCAAACAAUUUUGCACAGUUCUGAAUCCAUGAUCAGAGAUGCUUUUCAAAGUUUGAUUUGUGUAGUGGGUAAUACAUCUGGAUUAGGGUAGGGAUUUUUGCUGCCUUGUCAGUUUAGAAAAAAGUUGCAACAGCUGAAAAUGGUAGAGGCUAAAAGUUUCAGGCUCUCAACGACACCCACCUAAACAUUUAACUCAGAGAAUGUUUUCUAGUCUUUCUUUGUAAAAAAGAUUAUUGUAGUUUUAGAAAAGCUGCGUCGAAAAGCAGUGAAAGGAGGCCUGAAAAGAUUCAGGCUCACAGUGUACAUCCCGGAGUUCAAUUACAGGAUUUUCAUAACUUUCGUUAUUUUAGACACUUAGUACACUUGUUGUUUCGAUGUUGUUAGUUAUGUAGGAAAUUGUUAAGUGUAAAGAUUUAAUUUAGGUUUGCUUUAUAAGAGUUCUUAACGUAAUACAAUUGUUACUUGUAACUUUUAUACUAUAUUAUCACAUAACGGCAUUUAAGAGGGCCACGGUCUUAUUAGUUUUAUGACCAUUAAAUAUCUACCACAUCAAAUCAGUGUAAAAAUAAAGGCGUUAAUAAAUUGCAGGAGGAAGAUUGACGCAAAACACGCCAAGAGGGUCUCGGAUGGUUGGAAGUAAUAUGAAAUGCGGUUGGUUGAAUGAAUCUCUCGGCUUUAUAAGAGAAAAUCUCUUAUUGCGCUGCGAUUGAGUGUUGGGGGGUCAUUUGGUAACAUUCUUUUCAACUUUCGUCAUAAGAAGACUACACGACUGAACUGGAACGGAAAAAGGUGUUUUAGUGUGACCUGCACUAGCUCACAUAUCAUUAUUUGCUGAUAUUUAUCCAUUCCAAAGUAAUUUCAUCCUAGCGCGCGCCAUCUCGGAAGAAAAAAAAACCUUUAAAACGCUGUAGUACGAAACUGCCUCCUUUAACCAAUUCUUGGGGAACAAGGGCUGGCGCACUGGUGAGAGCGCUCGUCUCCCACCAAUGUGGCCCGGGUUCAAAUCCCGGCAUCGACGCCAUAUGUGGGUUGAGUUUGUUGUUGGUUCUCUCCUUUGCUCCUAGAGGUUUUUCUGCGGGUACUCCGGUUUUCCCCUCUCCUCAAAAACCAACAUUUCCAAAUUCCCAUUUGAUCAGGAAUCGGGUAGACGAGGAACCACUUUGUGGAUGUGCUACCUCCAAAUCUUUAUUAUAAUUAUAAGUGUUAUUUCUGCCCAGUUUCUUAGCAUCUCUAAAGCUCACUUAAAUAAUCUUCUGAAAAAGAUGAGGGAGGGAAUGUUGAAAAUGGCUCCUUCUUUUCUCUCCUAUCCCUUUCAAGAUUGGUCUGCAAGCAAACUUUCCUUUUGUCAAGAUCUAAAUUUCGUACAAAAAUGUGCAAAAGUCAAAUCACAAGCCAUGAACUGGAUUUGUAGUCGUGACUGAUCUUGUUUUUUUCACUUGAAAAAGUCCUUUCAACUAUUUGGCACUGUUGUCUGAAUAAAAAAGUCUCUAUUUUAGCCCGCAGAACAGGUGUUAUUCUGAAAGACCGACGCGAGGCACGUAAGAGAGAUGGGCUAAUUAUUUACCGUUUUCAAUUCAAUGUUUUUCUGAAUCUUAGUCCGUUUUCUUUCUAGCAAUUUCUUUGUAUAAAAUGCACCACACGACUCAGAUCAAAAAAUUUAUGUCAAGUAAAUCUAAUUUCCAAAAAAUAUAUAUUUUGAUGAAAGUCUCCAUACUUUCCUUAGCAUUUUUGACAUUUAUGGAAACGGCCGUUUGACCUUUCAGAGCUGGUACAUUGCGAUCGCCCACUAUCUAACUUUCUAACUAGACCUAACUAGUCAAGUCAUACCAGAGUAAUAGAAGACUCAAUCAAUCUUUCGAUUUUGCAAGUAAAAACUAAUUUCCUGAUCACCACGCAAAAAUGUGAAUUCAAGACAAUUUUUUGGAGUUUAUGUUACCCUCGGUUGCGUGACGAUUCCAACGUGCAUUUUCUUAUGAAAGUGCUGAAGAUAGGAAUCUUUGGGCGAUUUUUAACCGAGUAAAAAAUGCAUUAUCUUGCAAUAUUUUUACCAAAUAGUAUUUUAACUGAGAUGCCUUACUUAACUGCCACAGAUGAACUUGUUUCCUUAAACCGCCCUUUUUCCCGAGGGCUUCGAAAAUGGUAAAAUUCAAAGGUUUAAUUUUAGACCGGCGACUAUAUGACGUGGGGCAGCAUUUCACUUUUUGGCGGUUUUCUCGAAAAAGAAAAUCCUUUGAAAAAUUUGAUUGUGAUUUUCGAAAAUGUUUCUCCAAAGGGAUUUUCCUGACAGAAAAUGAAGCAUUUCGAAAUUUCAGUUUUGAAGGCGAAUUCUCGAUAUUUACAGACAGCUGCUCUUAAAUAUUAUUUAUUUUCAAGAAAGAGAUGAAGUUCAGCAGCAAUCUCUGCGACGAUGUCUGGUCACCGUUCGCUACCUCUGUCACAUCAGCAAGCGUUUCGGCAAUUUUGUGCCUCAUAACCGUCCCAGGAAACUUGCUGAUCUGCUGGGCAAUCAUUAAAGACCCGAACAGGGAACUGAAAUCAUCUUUCAACUAUUUGGUUCUGAACCUUGCAAUAGCCGACUCCUUUAUUGGAAUUGUUACUGAACCCAUUUUUGUGUGGUACCACAGCGCUGAAGCGAUGCACCAUCAAGUCUUAGGCUUGCGUUGGGUAGUAUAUAUGUCAUAUUUCAUGUCCUCUACUGCUUCUGUGUUGAGCAUAGCUGCAUUAGCCACAGACCGCUAUAUAGCAGUGACUUCUAUAACCACCAGAAAGCUGUCUUCUUCACAAGUUAUCGCUGCAUCUGUUGCAAUAUGGGUUUUUUCAGGAGGCUUGCCUUUUCUCUACUUCGUGGCUGGAUUUUACACGUUAGCGUUUAUUUUCGCUAACACUACAUUAAUAUUAACAAUGGCGUUAUUACUUUUUUAUUUCGUUCGCAUUUUUCGGAGACUAAACGCUCAUGCAAGGCAUAUGAGAUCAGUUCUUGCUCACGGAACUAAUCGUAAAGGGCUUCACGUAGAAAAAAAGGCAACAAAAUGUUUCUUUCUUAUCUUAGUUUCGUUCUUUUUGUGUAGUUUUCCAUCUUGUGUUAUGAUUUAUGUUAUCAACCUCUGUAGCACAUGUAGCUGUGUGCUAAUACACUGGUUUAGGGAUCUCCAAUACCUACUUGUGCUGGUAAACUCCGCUUUUAACCAGUUUUUAUAUGCGUGGCGGAUGGGUAGUUUUCGCAGGGCGUUUGGUCGGAUCCAUCCGAUC